AAUCAAAAAAAGUAUAAUUUUAUUUUCUUUUUUACUUUUUUUUUUCUUUUUCUUUUUCUUUAUUCAAUAAAUACAUCAUUAUGGGAGCUCAAUCAUCAAAGGAAGAGGUGUUUUAUGCCGAGAAAGAAGGAGAGAAGCGUGUGAGCGAUAUGUCACGUCUUUCUGACCAACUCGGCCAAUUAAAUCUUUCCCCUGAAGAAUUUAAUGCUAGAUUCCCAGCUACAUUAUCUGCCGAUAGCCUUGCCAAGUACUCUAAAAGUUUUGCUCAAGAUCCCAAGAACGCGUUGGCUCGUAACGCUAUUUUUGGUAGUGAUCCCACCUCUGUUCUCUUGAACCCCAAUUCUGCCUUACAUGAUCAACAUAUCUUUAACAUCAAGUUAAACUUGGAAGGUUCCGCCACAAACCAAAAAUCAAGUGGUCGUUGUUGGCUUUUUGCUGGUACAAAUGUCAUGCGUCUUGCUGUAAUUAGCAAAUACAAAUUAGCAGAUGAUUUCGAGUUGUCUCAAAGUUUCUUGUUCUUUUAUGAUAAGCUUGAAAAGUCUAACUGGUUCCUUGAAAAUAUGAUUGAUCUUGCUCAUAAGGAUAUCGAUGACCGUAUUGUUCAAUAUUUAUUGACUGAUCCCGUCAGUGAUGGUGGACAGUAUGAUAUGUUGGUAAACAUCGUAGAGAAAUAUGGUGUUGUACCCAAAUCCGCUUUCCCCGAGACUUAUUCUAGCUCAAACUCUCGUCGUUUGAAUUGGUUAGUCACUGUCAAAUUGAGAGAAUUUGCUGCCGAGAUUCGCAAGUCUAUUGAUCAAGGUGUUUCUGCACAAGCCGUACGUUUCCUCAAGGAAAAAAUGCUGGAAGACAUUUACCGUAUCUUGGUCAUCUCACUUGGUGAGCCCCCAUCUCAAUUCGAUUGGGAGACAACUGAUAAAAAUGGAAAGUACAUUGGAAUCCAUCAUUUGACUCCUAAAAAGUUCUUCCGUGAGGUCGUGGGAUAUCCUAUUUCUGAAACUUUGUCGCUUAUUAAUGAUCCUCGUAAUCCCAUCAAUGCACUUUACACUGUAGAUCGUCUUGGUAACGUCGUCGGUGGUAAGCCUAUUCGUUAUGUCAACACAACUUCUGAAGUCCAGAAACAAUUGGCCGUGAAUGUUUUAAAAUCUGGUAACCCCGUCUGGUUUGGCUGUGAUGUUGGACAAUUCAGUAAUAACAAGAUUGGUGCUAUGGAUACGGAAAUUUAUGAUUACAGUUUAGCAUUUAAUGUUGAUUUCAACUUGACAAAGGAAGAGAGAUUAUUGUACAAGGAAAGUUUGAUGACUCACGCCAUGGUUUUCACCGGCGUUCAUCUUGAUAAGGAAGGACGUCCUGUACGCUGGCGUGUGGAGAAUUCAUGGGGUGCAGAGUCAAAUGGUGAAAAGGGAUUCUGGGUAAUGUCUGAUGACUGGUUUUCAAGUUUCGUUUAUCAGAUUGUGCUUGAGAAGACUGAUAUCCCCAAGAAGUUGGUAGCACUCUUAGAUACAAAGCCUACUGUUUUACCUGCCUAUGAUCCCAUGGGUGCUUUGGCUUGUCCUCAUUAGGUUGUAAUUAUUAUUUGUGUUUCAUCCAGUAAAAACUUUUUUUUUAUCAAAUGA